AACAGUGCACACGGAAGGUGGACGUUAUCAGAGACAUUUCAGAGACGUUGCUCUCCUGUAUUGUAUGACGCUGAUAGCGGACAGUCUCCUGUCGUUGUGUUUGAGCAAACCGCAGUGAAGGCAGUGUCGGUGUGUGUGGAGGAAGCACAUUAUCGUAGUUAUUGGCCGGUGUUAACACUCAUGUAUGCUGAGAAAAGAGGUGGAUGUAAAUCUCGACAAGUGGCCUACGUCACCUGAUCUGCUGAAUAAAGCAUCCACCUGCUCAGCCAAUGAGAACGAUUGCAGUCCUUGGAGGGGGGAUUGGGGGUUUGGCAGCAUCUUACUACCUCUGCAAGAGCCCUCAGGUUACCAAGGUCAUUUUAUUGGAGUCCAGCUGUCGUUUUGGAGGUUGGCUGUGGUCAACCAGGAGGUCAGAUGGGGCAGUGUUUGAACAUGGACCCAGAGGGAUUCGACCUGCUGGGGCAGUGGGACGCAACACACUCAAUAUGGUGGACGACCUGGGUCUUGGGGGGGAGAUUCUGCCUGUCACCUACAGUCAUGUCGCCUCCAAGAACAGAUAUUUAUACGUCAACAGACAGCUCCACAAGAUGCCUUCAGGAGUAAGUGGACUUUUGCGGACUGUACCCCCCUUCUCUCGUCCCCUCCUGUUGAGUGUUGCCAUGGAGAUCCUGAGAAAGAAAAGCAAGGAAGAGGAUGAGUCCAUCCAUUCAUUUGUUUCUAGGAGGCUGGGAAAUGAGCUGGCAGACAUAGCUGUGGACAGUUUGUGUCGUGGUGUGUUUGCAGGGGACUGCAGGAAGUUGAGUGUGCGUUCUUGUUUUCCUCUUUUCUACCACGCAGAGCAGCGUAGAGGCUCCCUGACUCUGGGCAUGCUGCUGGGCUCAGGUCCCACUCCUGUGGUCCCCCCUGGCCCUCUGGCUCAGAGAUCUAUGAAAGAGUCUUGGGCCCAGUGGUCCCUGAGCAGGGGAGUGCAGUCCAUCCCAGAAUCCAUCACUGAGUACCUUCAACAGAGCAAGAGAGUGCAGCUUCACCGAGAGGCUGCUGUUAAACAGAUCAGUCCUUCAGCCUCUGGUUGGAAGAUCCAUUUGGAGGAUGGUGUCAUAUCGGCUGACCACAUCAUCUCUGCAUUGCCUGCUAAAGCCCUCUCCUCAGCCCUGCCUUCCUCCUGUCAACCUCUCAUCCAGCAGCUGCAGGACAUCUCCACAGUAACAGUCGCUGUGGUUAAUCUGGAGUAUGAGGGUGACAUCCUGCCUGUAAUGGGUUUUGGUCACUUGCUUCCAUCAUCAGAGGAUCGGGGUAUACUAGGGGUGGUCUAUGACUCUGUUCCCUUCCCUCAACACAACAGACCGAAUGGACAGACUACUAGACUGACGGUGAUGAUGGGUGGGGCCUGGUUCCAGGAAGUGUUUGGGUCCCCAGAAGCAGUAACAAAGGAGUGUCUUUUAGCAAGAGCCACUGAGGCUGUGCACAGCCACCUGGGAGUCACCACAGCACCCAGCUGGAGUUGGGUAGCUCUACAGAGGGACUGUAUACCUCAGUAUUAUCAGGGACACUUCCGGAGAGUAGAGUCCAUGCGUAGCUUUAUAAAGAAGAAUCACCUCUCGCUAUCUCUGAUUGGUUCCUCCUACGAUGGCGUGUCAGUGAACGACGUUAUCUUUAGCGGACGGACAGCUGUGGAGGAGUUGCUGGGACCUGCAGUUUGACGGAGCUGGUCAACACUGGAACAUUACACCAAGUGGAUCAGUUGUUGCUAUAUCUGUGCACUGUUCCCCACAAGCUCGUACAAUAAGCUGAGACUGUCUUGUCCACACACAGUCACUAACGUAACUCUGCAGAGGUCAGCUGUAGUGCUUUGAACAGCUUAACUGGAAAUGUGAAGACUGGUCAAUAUGAAUAAAUGGUGAAGUCCUUUUUUCUUCAGCUGUAA